CCAACUUUGUGAGUGCAUCCGGGGUCAUGGUGCAUUCAGGUUAUGCCGUUCUGAAUGAGGAGAAACUACCCCCGCGUUCAGACAAAGGAAAGACUUAAAAUGUGUUGUAAAAUGUGUUUUCGAGCCUUUUUUAAAUAUCAAUUUUGCUUGCGAGUUCCAGCUCGAAGAUGGACUCAGUGAAGCGCAAGGAAACAAACCGCCCCGUGGUUGUACGUAACCCGAACCUCUGUGAGAUGAGAGAGGACAUCUUGUACCACUUCAAUCUCGGAACGGAGACGCACAACCUCCCUGCUCUGUUCGGUGACGUCAAAUUUGUGUGCGUUGGUGGCAGCACUCGGCGGAUGAAAGACUUCAUUAAGUACGUCGCCGCCGAGCUCGACAUGCGAGACCCCAACAACGACUACCCCAAUAUCUGCGCCGGAACGGACCGCUACGCCAUGUACAAAGUCGGCCCUGUGCUCUCUGUUAGCCACGGAAUCGGGAUCCCGUCCAUAUCGAUCAUGUUGCAUGAGCUGAUUAAGCUCUUGCAUCACGCUUGUUGCACAAAUGUGACGAUCAUCCGCAUUGGGACGUCAGGCGGGAUAGGGGUGAAGCCCGGCACGGUCGUGGUGACCAAGCAGUCCGUGGACGGCACGUUCGUGCCCAAAUUCGAGCAGCUGAUCUUGGGGCAGACGGUGGUCCGCGACACCGAGCUGGACUCCGACCUGGCCGAGGAGCUGCUCCGGUGCGGCGAGGAGCUUGGCCAGUUCGACACGGUGCUGGGCAACACCAUGUGCACGCUGGAUUUCUACGAAGGUCAAGCCCGAUUGGACGGCGCGUUCUGCUUUUACAGGGAGAGCGAUAAGCAGAAAUACCUGACGAAAGCCAGGGAAGCGGGGGUCCGCAACAUCGAAAUGGAGUCCACCGCUUUUGCCGCCAUGUGCAAAAUGAGCGGCCUGCGAGCGGCCGUGGUUUGCGCAACGUUGGUGGACCGACUGAAGGGAGACCAGCUGAGCAGCUCUCAUGACGUCCUCCAAACCUACCAGCAGCUGCCUCAGAUCCUCGUGGGCUACUACAUCAAGAAGAAGCUCAAAGCACUGAUAUGACGGGACCUUUAUCAAAAGUCAAAACUUUGUU